ACUGAUCCAGAUUUUGAUUUGGACAUCAAAGACGAGGUUGAAGAAGAAUGUUUGAAGUUUGGCCCAGUGAAACAUAUUUUUGUUGACAAGAACAGCAAAGGCCAUGUUUACUUGCGAUUCGACUCUGUGGCAUCGGCAGCUAAUUGCCAGCGUGCAAUGCACGGAAGAUGGUAUGCACGGAGGUGUAUAUCCGCUAUAUAUAUGCGACCUCAGGAGUACGAAGCCAAGUUCGGGAGCUCUUAGGAAUCGCUUUUGCAUAUUGAGCAGUACAAGUAUCUUCUACUUUUCCGUUCGGCCAUUGAAGCACUCAUUCAUCGAAGCAUAUCGGGCAACUGUUUUGGUUUAGCGGAUUAGAUUUUGUUACUAAGGGCAACACAUGGAUCGCAUACCGAGUUGAAUAUUUUGUCAUGGCCCAUUGGCAUCACAUUUACUUUGUUUUGUAAUUGAGAGCUCAGAUGAAACUGUCUUUCUGUGAUCUAAUUUCUAUGUAGUUUGAGCAAGAAUACUUGAUUUUCGGAAAUACUAAUAAUUUUCUUUACUAUAUGUAGAUUUGUUUUUUAUUGAUGGUGUUUUUCUACUGGGAUACUGUUUGAGCUCUAUUGUAUACAGCACAUAUUUUGCUUUACGAGACGGAAAUAUGGGUGUAGUUA